CCCAACUUCCCCCCCUCCCCCGCGGACUGCCUGGUUUGAGAUGAGUGGAAGAUGUCGGUUUCGGGUCUGAAGGCCGAAUUGAAGUUUUUGGAGUCAAUUUUUGACCCAAAUCACGAACGUUUCAGAAUUAUCGAUUGGAAGCCCGAUGAGCUUAGUUGUCAGUUUAAUGUAACCGGUGAAAAACUGUUGAUAAUACAUUGUAACAUCACGGAGUCAUACCCCUCUACACCUCCAAUCUGGUUUGUUGACUCUGAUGACCCAAGUCUGACAGAGGUGUUGGAGCGCCUGGAAGAUGUCAGAAAAGGAACAUCUUUGCUCCUGCAGCAGCUGAAGCGUCUCAUCUGUGACCUAUGUCGACUGUACAACCUGCCCCAGCACCCAGAUGUUGAGAUGCUAGAUCAGCCCCUCCCUGCUGGGCCCAUCAACCCAGAGCGCAAGCAUGGACCAGCGGAUGAAGUGACAUCCGAGGAGGAGGAGGAGGAAGAAAUGGGCGAGCAGGACAUUGAAGACCUGGACCACUAUGAGAUGAAAGAGGAGGAGCCUGUACAUGGGAAGAAGUCAGAGGACGACGGGAUUGAGAAGGAGAACCUGGCCAUCCUAGAGAAGAUCCGUAAGAACCAGAGGCAGGACCACUUGAACGUAAGUGCUCAUUCGGGUGCCGUUUCUGGUUCAGUUCAGGCGUCUGAUCGUCUCAUGAAGGAACUCAGGGAGAUCUACAGAUCACAGAGUUACAAGACAGGUGAGAGAUCGACAGGUGAGAGAUCGACAGGUGAGAGAUCGACAGGUCAGAGUUACAAGACAGGUAUUUAUUCAGUGGAGCUAGUCAAUGACAGCCUUUAUGAAUGGCACGUCAAAAUAAGAACGGUAGACCCAGAUAGUCCGUUACAUAGUGAUUUACAGGUUCUGAAGGAGAAGGAAAGGGUGGACUACAUUCUGCUCAGUUUCUCAUAUAAAGAUAACUUUCCUUUUGAUCCACCGUUCGUACGGGUCGUCUCUCCUGUGCUGUCCGGAGGGUACGUUCUUGGCGGAGGGGCUUUAUGUAUGGAGCUUCUCACAAAACAGGGCUGGAGCAGUGCCUAUUCCAUUGAGUCCGUCAUCAUGCAGAUCAAUGCGACCUUAGUCAAAGGAAAAGCCAGGGUGCAGUUCGGAGCCAAUAAGAAUCAGUACAGUCUUGCCAGGGCUCAACAGUCAUACAAAUCCCUGGUGCAGAUUCACGAAAAGAAUGGCUGGUACACACCUCCUAAAGAAGACGGUUAAAGAGGUCACUCCUCAUUCUCCCUGGGAACAUAAUGUAUUUUGGGUCAAAAACAAUAUAUUUUAAUUUCUUUUGAAACUAUUUUCUCCCUUCUGACUUAUUGGGAGUUAUAUCAUCUUUCUUGUGGAAACCAACUGGCAAAUUCUUCCGUCUGGCCUGUUGUCAGCUCAGUAGACCAGUAUCUCCUCUCUGCCUGGCCCAACAACGGGCUAGACUGUCUCUACUCCCUCCUCCCUCCUGUAUCACCCCACUGCCCCCUUAACACUUCACCUGAGGAGAAUGUCUGUUAUAACUGAGGGGCUCGUUGGUCCUCCUGCAUCACUCCACUGCUCCCUUAACACUUCACCUCAGGAGAAUGUCUGUUAUAACUGAGGGGCUCGUUGGUCCUCCUGCAUCACUCCACUGCUCCCUUCACCUGAGCAGAACGUCUGUUAUAACUGAGGGGCUCGUUGGUCCUCCUGCAUCACUCCACUGCCCCCUUCACCUGAGGAGAAUGUCUGUUAUAACUGAGGGGCUCGGCGGUCCUCCUGCAUCACUCCACUGCCCCCUUCACCUGAGCAGAACGUCUGUUAUAACUGAGGGGCUCGUUGGUCCUCCUGCAUCACUCCACUGCCCCCUUAACACUUCACCUGAGCAGAACGUCUGUUAUAACUGAGGGGCUCGGCGGUCCUCCUGCAUCUUUUAUACAUGCACAUCAUCUUUUCACAUUUUGUUUUCCCUUCUCUCUCUCUCUCAAUGUGGAGAACAGCUUUUUGUUCUUCCAUACAUGCGCUGGUUUUGACGACGUGGGCUCGACUACCGGGUCAUCUUGAUCAGUUCCUCCUCGGUGAGAGAACCUACCUACUGUACAGCAGACAGGUCUGACUAGAGCCGGUUUGUUCGUAUCCACAACCACCACCACCUGUUUUUAGUGUGAAGCUGUACGCUCUUACAGCCAGCCACAGCAUUGGCAGUGGGAUUUGAACUGAAACCUCUCUGUGGUGACAGUUGGAUUUUUAAAGCGACAGAUGGAGGAUCACUUAAGAUGUUUCAGUGAUGUCAUCUUUAGUGACGCUGCUUCUUUUUCUCCUCUGACUUUGUGUAAUAUUUACUGGUACAAAAUGCAGACGUUGUUUAAAAGAAAUAGUAUAUGCUUAAAUGUAUUGUUAUUCUGCUUGCUGGUUUCUUUUCUUUUUUCCUUUUUUAAAUGUCCCAGCAGUAACAUCAUGUGCCAGAUUGGUGACAAAAUGGUUGGUGACUAGGAUGCAGGAAGGGGUCUCCCAAAUGACACCCUACUACCUAGAUAGUGCACUCUUUUUCACCUUUUUUUUCCUGAUAAACGGGUUGGUCCAAAAAAUACUGCACGACGUAGGAAAUUAGUUGCCAUUUUGGGAUGAAAUCUACCACUGCGUAUUAUCACCCUUCUGUCCUGUAGGAUGCGACUGUUGAUCCUCAGUUACAUCACACCUGAACAUGUUUUUUUUAGACUGGUUAACUGAGCUAGCUCCACCAAGCGCCUGUCAUGUCAUGACCACUGUUGUGUUCUAUUUAAGGGGAUCACGUAGAGGAUGGCCUGGUUUCAGAUCUCCUGGGGUUGGUCUGUACCCAGAUGUUCAUACCGUUUCUGUACCGUACCGAGAUAUGCGGUAUUACCGAAUGUGCACAGAAGUUGGCUCUAUUUUUAUGCACGAAACAAUUUAGGUAACGGGGGGCUCUUGAUCCAGGAAGGGAUUGAACCAAGAAGCUUGGUCUUAACAUCUAGACACUUAGCUAGCAUGUUAACAAACCACGUACAUAGCUGGAGCCCUGAGCUGGAUAUCAUUGAUUUAACACAUCUUAGAUUUCUUAUAAUUAUACUUCAUUUAAAGUUAUAGGCAGUGGCAUAGCACUCAUUCCCAUAACCCCCCCCCCCCCCAAAAAAAACCCUCAAUUCUAAAUCAUACCGUCCAUAUUUCAAAAUACCCCGGUAUAAAUUGUAUAUAUCGCCCAAGCCUAUUUAUUGUCUUCUAAUGACCAUAGGACUGGGCAAGGCGGCACACAUCGACCUGGGACCAACCAGGCUGGAGCAUAGCAUGCAAGGCUACCACGGCACAACACAGUUACCGUAGCCAGCUACAUUACCAGCUACUUACCAUAGUCGGUUACAUUACCAAUUAGUUACAUUACCAGUUAGUUACCAUAGGCAGCUUCAUUACCUGUUAGUUACCAUAGGCAGCUUCAUUACCAGUUAGUUACCAUAGGCAGCUUCAUUACCAGUUAGUUACCAUAGGCAGCUUCAUUACCAGCUAGUUACCAUAGGCAGCUUCAUUACCAGCUAGUUACCAUAGGCAGCUUCAUUACCAGCUAGUUACCAUAGGCAGCUUCAUUACCAGCUAGUUACCAUAGGCAGUUACAUUACCAGCUAGUUACCAUAGUUGCAUUACCAGCUAGUUACCGUAGUUGCAUUACCAGCUAGUUACCAUAACUAAAUCACCAGUUAGUUACCUUAGUUGGCUUUAACUGGAGACUGAAGGGUUGUGAGUCUUAAAUAGUUGUAUGUUUUCAAUAGAUCAUAUUUUGUGUUAUUAAAGGACAAAGUGUUUUCAUUGAGCUAUUAUACUAGUAUACCAGUAGUGAGUUUUAUUGGGUGAUAUAUUCUAUAGCUACCUAAAUUGAAACGCAGUUAACUAUACUGAACAAAAAUAUAAAUGUAACACUUUAAAUGAUUUUACUGAGUUACAGUUCAUAUAAGGAAAUCAGUCAAUUGAAAUACUUUAAUUAGUCCCUAAUCUAUGGAUUUCACAUGACUUGGCAUGGGCCAGCCAUGGAAAGGGCCUGGGAGGGCAUAGGCCCACCCACUUGGGAACCAGGCCCACCCCCAGCCAAUCAGAAUUAGUUUUUCCCCUAAAGGGGUUUUAUUACAGACAGAAAUACUCCUCAGUUUCAUCAGCUGUCCGGGUGACUGGUCUCAGACGAUCCCGCAGGUGAAGAAGUCAGAUGUAGAGGGGGGCUGGCGUGGUUACACGUGGUCUGCGGUUGUGAGGCUGGUUGGACGUACUGCCAAAUUCUCUAACACGAAGUUGGAGGUCGGCUUAUGGUAAAAAAAUGAACAUUCAAUUCUCUGCCAAAAGCUCAGCUGGACAAUCCUUGCUGUCAGCAUGCCAAUUGCACACUCCCUCAACUUGAGACAUCUGUGGCAUUGUGUUGUGAAUAAACUGCACAUUUUAGUGGCCUUUUAUUGUCCCUCGUACAAGGUGCAGCUGCGUAAUGAUCAUGCCAUGUAAUCAACUUCUUCAUGUGCCACACCUGUCUGGUGGAUGAGUUAUUUUGGCAAAGGAGAAAUGCUCACUAACAAGGAUGUAAACAAUUUUCUGAACAAAAUAUGAGAGAAAUAAGCUUUUUGUGCGUAUGGAAAAUUUAGUGGAUCUUUAAUUUCAGCUCUCCCGACCUGGUAAAAUAAUGUCUUAUGUACGUCCUAAAUUGCACCCUAUCGCUCCUGAUAUAGCUAUGGUCUAAAUUAGUGCACUAUAUAGGGAAUAGGGUUCUAUAGGGCCCUGGUCUAAUGUAGUGCACUAUAUAGGGAAUAGGGUUCCAUUUGGGAUGCUAACCUAGAAUACCAAACCUGGUUGACCAUUUGUCUAUACAUACUGAAUAGAGUAGUUCUGCGUUUUUCCACCUUGUAUACCAAGAAUAUGUUUGGCUAAAUAUCUAUUUUUGAGGUGUACUAAUAAGGAUUACUGUAUGAUGGAAGUAUAAAUUGCUCUCUGAAAUGUGGAAGUUUUGUAACGCUGUUAUUUACCCUGUUUUGUUUAGCGUUUUCAACAUGCAAUGUCACACAUGUGCAGUGCUACUAUAAUAUGUCUCCCAAUUGGCACCCUAGUCCCUAUAUAGUGCACUACUUUUGUCCAAGGCUCAUAGUCCACUAUAUAGGGAAUAGGGUGCCAUCUGAAACACUGCUAGGGUCUUAUCUGCAUGUCCACCUCCAUGCUUUUGGCUUGUAUCAGAAACAUGGGUAUCUGCUGGUCUUUGAUGUCUUUAGCCCCGAAAUACAUAUAUCUAGGCUAGGCUACUAUGGGUUUUUAUUUCUGAGUGCGAGAGGAGGAGUCUUUAAAUAUAUCUUGUCUGUAAUGGUAAGUAUAUUUUUUGCACAAAAUGGCAAGGAUGUGCCUCAGAAGUCAAUACACCUAAACUUAACAAAUCAAGUGUUUUUUUUUUUUAGGACCACACCUUUUCUGAAUCAGAGGAAAAUCUGUCUUUCUAGAUGUAAUUAUUAUGUCCCUUUUUUUUUAAUUGUUCAAUUGAUACCAGUCUGAAUCAUCCAGGCUCCCACUUAUGGAGAAAGGUGGAGAAUGGUGGAGAAUGGCGACGCAGCCACGGGUUGUUUUGAAUGUCUAGGGGUCGACGGGGAAGAAGGGGAUGUUUAGUAGUACAUCUACUUGGCCUCAGUAUGACCAAGAUUACGUCCCAAAUGGUACCCUUUUAUUCCCUAAAUAGUGCACUACUUUUGACCAGGACCUAUAGGGCUGUGGUCUAAAGGUAGUGCCCCUUACAUAGGGAAUCCGGUACCGUUUGGAAUGUAGUCAAAGCCGUGGUCCGUUACUUCUGCACAGAAUUGAUGUCUAGUGUAGGCUUAUGGUGUGAUUCCCCUUUUCUUUUUUAAGAGUAACUUAGUUCAGCUCAGAACUUUUCUCUCACGUUUAUGUAACUGCUUCCCACUUGAUACCCAGGCCCUGUCCCAAAAAAACAAGCCCUAGCCCUCCCUGCACCUACCGGUGGGAUCCGAGGCUGUAUGUAAUCAAGUGUCUCAGAGUGUGAGUCUUGAUCAAGGAUGAUUUCUCUUCACAGAUAAUUAUGAAUAUGACAUUUUUUUACAUUUUAGUCAUUUAGCAGACACUCUUAUCCAGAGCGACUUACAGUAGUGAAUGCAUACAUUUCAUACAUUUUUGUAUUAUUUUCUUUUCCCCCCCGUACUGGUCCCCCAUGGGAAUCGAACCCACAACCCUAGCGUUGCAAACACCAUGCUCUACCAACUGAGCCACACGGGACCACAAUAAAUAAAAAUAAAUAAAAUAAAAAUGACGACACGGACAAGGAGGGAUCAGAUCCUAGAUCAGAUCCCCAUACUCUGAGACGCUUGAUACUUACGGACUCUGAUACACAAAUUUGAUAAGUUUAAGCAAUAUGCUCUGAUAGGGGCUAAGUGAAUAUAUCGCCACAUUUAUUACACGUGUCCAAUCUUCUCAGAUCUCCACAAGUGUCUGGGGGAAGGGGUAGGUAAAGAGGGGCUAGGGGUUGAUUCUGGACAUGGCCCAAAUCUCUGGACAGAGGUGGAGGGCGGGGUAUAGGAGCUCAUUCACUUUGGGUAGAGUCAGUUCAGUCAUUCAUUCUGUGAUUUUUAAAUAGGUUUGCACGUUUCUCUGUAACUGGACAGUGUUUUUGAUAAAAGGUUAAUCUGUCUUCUCUAUCUAGACUAAUUGUAGAAUCAUUUUCUGGUCGUCAACAAAUGGUUGGACAGAUUGUCAAGUUUUGCACCGUUGGCAUGCUUUGUUUUUUUGGUUUUCAAGGGACAUUUUGACCAUGUACAGUAAUUUGUAAACUUGCAUCAAGUUUAUGAAUAAAGAAUUUUAAGAUUA